CCCAUCUCGACAGCUCCAUGACCCACAACUUCCAACUGUCCGAUUGCUUGCAACCAUUCCCAUCUCAAAAAUAAGGUUGACAGUUUGUUUGAAGAUGACUUCGGGCGCUCUAAACUACUCGGUUGCGGACACGAUGGCUACACAACCUUCUAGUCAUUCCACGUCUCCGGAGAAGGGGUCAGUUCGCAUCACCUGUAACAUUUACACGCCCAAACAGUCACUGGCGGUGUUCUCUCGGCUUCCAGGCUUCGUCAGGCUCAAAUUCGACGAACGUCCGAACGUGUGCGUAGUCCUUUUCUCACAAGAGCACUUCGCCGAGUCCGCUGUAAAAACUAUAACUGGAAAUACAAAUAUGGGGGCAAGCUUGUCAGGGGACUUUCCACCGGUCAUCCCUUCUCCCUCGCAAACAAACUCUCAAGUCAUCGCUCUGAAACCUCCCCAAUGGAUCAGCAUGGUCGCGCUGGAAGAACUACUGCGAGACCUGCCAGGCUUCGGCAGACUCUGGGUGUGUCGCCCAAACAAUGAGGCCCUUUGCAUGUAUCAGGACGUAGCACAGGCCUGGUUAGCCGCGCAUCAAGUCGGCAAAUUUGCUUCGAUCGCUGCACAUCAAGUCGUCCAUAGCUGCGAGUGUCAUACCUGCAAGCCCACUGCUGAAUUCUCGGUCACAGCACUGUCGGGAAGUCAUUUUCAGAACAUUCCCACGGCUUCGAGCGCUUAUCAUGCGCAAUAUUACAGCAGCUUCUUGGCUCCACAAGCGACUGCGAUCUCGAACUCCCAACAUCAACAUGGUCAAGAUGACCAAGGUGGCCAAAAAACCAUUUCUGGAGGUCCUUCGAACCACGAACGACGUUCCUCCGAGUCUGGCAGCUACUAUCGAGACAGAGGCUCUGUUGAGACAGAAGCUUUGGAGCAGACGAUCGAAGGUUCGAUGACCGAACGUGAUGUGCUUCUUUCUCAAGUGAAGGAGCUCUCUGUAACUGAACAAAGCAAUUGCUGAGGAAGCCAUCACUCAGCUCCGAUCCGAAAUCGCAGCCGCGAAAUAUCAACUCGAAACUGCCACUGCCGCAUCUACCGAUCGCGAAAAAGCCCUGACGGACACGAUCAAUGAAAUGUCGACUCUCACUGCCCAUUACCGUUUGCUGCAGGAAAAGGAGCGAGUUCAGGCUGAAGCAAAAGUGAAAGUAAUGCUCAAACCCAAGGAGGAAGCCGAGAAGAGACGCUCUGCCGCCGCAGAAAGCAUUGGUCAGCUCGAAGAGGAUAUGGAAAAGCUUCGAAAAGGCCUCACAGACAGAAUCGCCGAAUUGGAACAGGUCAACAAGGGCCUAGUUGGUGAACUGGUAUGUGCUGGAUGUCGUGGCAACACUUCCGUUCAGGCAU